CUGUGUAUCGCGAAACUACAGCGGGUACUCUUUUCGUUCGCAAAUACUGGGGAACCAGACCAGAAAACGUGUUUGUUAUGACUUACGCUGGACAAACCGCCUCAUCCGCGUCAAUCUCUACAGAUCUCUUCGGUCCCCAAGACCAAUUCAUAUCAUCAACACAGUAUGGCAUCACAAGAGUUAUCUUGCCAGACACUCGACAGUACACUGCGUCUUCAUGCGUCGUAUUGUCGCGGAGGGUUUGACUUCACUCUGUUAUUCGAAGAGAGUAUACUCACUCUGUUGCCGCUUUGUUUAUUUAUUACAAUUGCACCUUUACGAAUCCUUUAUCUGGUGAGAAAGAGGAGAAAGGUGACACAUGGUGGGUUGUUACCAGUGAAAAUUACAGCAUUUAUAGCUCUGGGAGUGAUCCAAACCAUCCUCAUCAUAUUAUGGGCUCUUCCACCGGCGGAAAGGACUCCGGCCUCAAUUCCAACAGCUGUAAUCACAGUAGCAGGGACAGCUGUCUUUUUUAUCCUCUCGUACACAGAGCACAAGAACUCAGUCCGGCCGUCUAUCAUGCUAAGCAUCUACCUAUUUCUCAGUCUUGCAUUCGACAUACCCAGAGCGAGAACUCUAUGGCUGCGUCGGACAAAUGAUUACAAUGGACUUAUCGCGACUAUGUUCACGGUCACCGUGGGAAUUAAAACGUUAGCCCUCAUACUUGAAGCACUCGAGAAGAGAGGUAUUCUAUUGCCUGAAUACAGGAGCUAUCCACAUGAAGCAACAGCAAGUAUAUGGAAUAGAAGCCUCUUUUGGUGGCUCAAUCCAUUGUUCCGAAAAGGAUUCUCACAGCUUCUGGGCGUCGAUGAUCUAUUCGUUCUCGACAAGCAUCUAGCAUCUGAGCGUAUUGAUAGCACCAUGACAGCUAUGUGGAAUAAUAAAGUAACAAGAAGAAAUCCGCAUUCACUAUUCUUCGUCGCAAUGAACACGUUAAAAUGGCCUUUGUUAGCUGCCGCCACUCCUCGGGCAUUCCUGAUAGCGUUGAACUUCUGCCAGCCUCUGCUGAUAAACAGAACUCUCAUACUGUCAAUACAGGAUGUGACCAGUCAGACAAAUAAUUUCGGAUAUGGCCUGAUUGGUGCAUACGUACUGGUAUAUGGCGGGAUAGCGAUUUUUAUGGGCCAAUAUCAACAUAUAACAUAUCGCGCCAUUACCAUGCUGAGGGGAGCGCUCGUAUCAAUGGUAUACAGAAAGGCGAUUCGACUCAAUGCGAAAGACGUCGACCCCGCUGCUUCCCUCACACUCAUGAGUGCUGAUAUCGAACGGAUUGUCCAAGGCUGGCAGACAAUGCAUGAAAUAUGGGCUAAUAUUAUUGAAGUUUGUGUUGCUAUAUACCUUCUGGAUAUCCAAUUAGGGGUUGCUUGUGCUGUUCCCGUGGGAGUAUCAAUCAUUACUCUAGUGGGUUCCAUGAUCACAAUGUUUCUCGUCGUUUCUCGCCAGGCCAUGUGGCUUGAAGCAAUAGAAAGGCGGGUGUCUUUCACUACCUCCAUGCUUGGAUCCAUGAAAGGUAUCAAAAUGUGUGGCUUGAAACAGGUCCUAUUAUCGAGUCUACAAAGGCUUCGCAUUAGCGAAUUGACUAUCUCCAAGAAGUUUCGAAGACUUCUGAUUUGGAACAUGACUCUAGCAUAUGUGUCUCAAAUAUUCGUCCCCAUAAUCACAUUCGCUGUAUACGUGGCUAUAUCCCCCAAGAGUGGAGGCGACAGUAUCCUCGACACAGCACGGAUAUACACUUCAUUGUCACUCUUUGCACUACUCACGGAUCCCCUGGCGUCGCUGGUAAUGUCAUUGGUAUCAUUCAUGGGAUCUCUUGGUUCUUUUACCAGGAUACAAACUUUCUUGAGCAAAGAAGACUAUAUCGAUCAACGUCAACUGCCAUCGAAAUCUUCGGAAUCCUCAAUCGACAUUUCGGAGCAUUCUAUACCGUCAUUUGGCUCUGAAAAAAUAAGUAUUGGUACAAAGACGUCCGAGAUGAGUCGCUCAAUAAAAGGUAAUCUGAGAGAACUCUAUAAUGACGCAGUCACUGUGCAUGACGGUCACUUCGGAUGGGAUCUCGGAGAACCUAUUCUGAAAUCAAUAAAUAUUGUAAUUCCUCGAGAAAAAUUCGCCAUUUUGGUUGGCCCCGUCGGAUGCGGCAAAUCUACCUUGCUUAAAGCUUUCCUUGGCGAGGUCGCCUGUUUGGAAGGGACUGUACAGCUUUCCUCGGAGAAUAUCGCAUACUGUGACCAAAGUCCAUGGCAUCUAAAUGAGACUAUCCAGAAAAGUAUAGCUGCAGUGUCUCCAUUUGACCCGGCCUGGUAUACCACUGUCAUUAGGUCGUGCGCACUGGAGGAAGAUAUCCGCCUGCUACCUGCUGGAGAUCAAACGAUAAUCGGAAGCAGGGGGGUUGCACUUAGUGGGGGACAAAGACAGCGAAUCGCGCUAGCAAGGGCCGUAUAUUCGAGACGGGAGAUCGUCAUCCUUGAUGAUUCGUUUAGCGGGCUUGAUGCGGCCACAGAGAAUCAAAUAUUUCAUAGCCUAAUAGGUAAAGAUGGGCUGCUACGCCGAUCUCGAUCGACCGUUAUCUUAGCCUCCAGCUCAGCGAAACGUAUUCCGUACGCCGAUCAUAUCAUCGUCUUAGAUACAGGAGGCCGUAUUAAAGAGCAAGGACAAUUUCACGCCCUUAAUGCGUCAGGUGGCUAUGUAUCGAGCUUUGAGCUACCUCCUGCUGAAUGGGACUAUAAACCUGAGAAGCGCUCAAAGUCAAAAUUGCUAUCAAAUGCCAGUUCCUCGCCGAUUGCAGCGAAAACGGAACAGAGCAUCGAAGCAGAAGCCAACAAGAAAACAGGAGAUAUCGCAGUUUAUCUUUACUACAUUAAGAGCAUAGGAAAGCUCGGGGCUUUAAUAUUUGCUAUCUUCAUAAGCGCAUUUGUCUUCUGCAUUUCGUUUCCAAGCAUAUGGGUAAAAUGGUGGGCAAUUUCGAACAUAGAAGAGCCAGGGAAACACCUCGCUUACUACCUUGGAAUAUAUGCUAUGCUUGGUGUGUUGGCGCUUGGCUCUCUGGUCAUCGCGUGCUGGCAAAUUAUAAUCACAAUGGUUCCUAGAUCAGGAGAGCAUUUCCAUUGGACUUUGCUGAAUACUGUUCUGAGCGCUCCUACAACAUUCUUCUCAACUACAGAUAUCGGCGUCACGCUUAACAGGUUUAGCCAGGACUUGCAGCUUAUAGAUAUGGAGCUGCCUGUCGUUGCUCUUAACACAUUUGCAACCUUUGUCCUUUGCAUUGCGCAAAUGACUCUCAUUGGAGUAUCAUCACCAUACACGGCUAUCUCAUUUCCCGCAGUACUAGCUAUUCUAUACUUCUGUCAAAAAGUCUACUUGCGAACCUCCCGCCAGCUACGUUUUAUGGAUCUUGAGUCAAAGGCUCCACUAUAUUCUCACUUUGCUGAAUCUCUUUGCGGACUCCUCACCCUAAGAGCGUUCGGAUGGCAACAGGCUAUGGAACGAAAGAACCACCAACUCCUCGAUAGGUCUCAAAGACCGUUUUAUCUUCUCUUUGCUGUUCAACGCUGGCUGACAUUGGUCUUGGAUCUAAUGGUCGCUGGCAUAGCAACCCUCUUGAUAAUCCUCGUUGUAGAGCUACGCCCUGAUCUUAGUGCUGGCUUCGUUGGUGUUGCACUUUUGAACGUCAUAAUGUUCAGCCAAAGCAUCAAGCUACUGGUAACAUACUGGACAAACCUGGAGACACAUAUUGGAGCCGUUGCUCGUGUGAAGGUUUUCAGCGAAAGCGUCAAGUCAGAAGACCUACCAACAGAGAAUGGCCCAGUUCCAACAUAUUGGCCCUCAAAUGGUAGCAUUGAAUUCAAAGAUGUCUCAGCAGCUUAUACACCAGACGAGCUUGUACUCCGCAAUAUAUCUUUUUCUAUACAGACGGGUGAGAAGAUUGGGAUUUGCGGAAGGACCGGGAGCGGUAAGAGCUCUCUGGUCCUGUCUCUAUUCCGCAUGAUUGAGCUAUCUUCCGGCACAAUAACCAUCGAUGGUAUUGAUAUUUCCACCAUACCCCGCCAGGAGAUCCGUUCUCGCAUCAUCGGUGUUUGUCAAGAUCCAUUUCUAAUUAAAGGAACUGUACGACUAAACGCCGACCCUACAGGAUUGUGUUCAGAAAAUGCCAUAAUUAAUGCCCUGGAAAGCGUACAGUUGAUGUCUGUAAUUCAGGAGAAAGGCGACUUGGACACAGAUAUAGAUGAGCUUUUCCUCUCACAUGGCCAGAAACAGCUAUUCUGCCUAGCACGAGCAAUGUUGCGUCCGAGCACAAUUCUAAUCCUUGAUGAGGCAACCAGCAACAUCGACAGCAAGACUGAGAACAUUAUGCAGCGUAUCAUCCGUGAGAAUUUUGCGAAUCAUACCAUCAUAACAGUUGCGCAUAAAUUAGAUACUAUCCUUGACUACGACAAGAUCGCUAUGCUUGAGGCAGGCCGACUUAUUGCGUUCGACGAUCCGUAUACAUUGUUGUCCACAGACUCUGCUUUCAGCAGAUUCUAUGCAAACGCUGCUGCCGAGGAGUCAGAUUAGGAAGAGAUGGACUGACCUCGUAAUUACAUACGAGACUCGAUCAAUGGCCUGGUUCUUCCAGGGUUAAUGCUACGCGGACGGUGUAGUCCCAUCAAAGCACAAAAACAAAAAGAGCAGUAAAUUGCAUGACGAAGGACAUGAAUAGUUUAACGCAAAUGCCUCUCAUUUUCUUAUAUGCUUUCUGGUUGAAUUUAUGUUUCUAUGUCCUAUUAUGAUUUAAGCUACUGAAAACAAAUUGAAACUCUGAAGUUCGGGU